AAAACGCAUCCGGCGAUGACGGUCGCCGCGCAAAGAGUGGCUCUUGUCCGGCGGAUUCACCCCACAUGGGCCAAAGCUUGGCUCUGUGACCGAGCUCGGGGGCGAUAAACUUACGUCUUUUCCCUCGACUAUCCAUCACACCGACACCACCACCUACACCAGAGUUUCCACACACCAACCAUCUUCUGCAAUUUAUUAAUUGCAAGACCUACGAUAGUCAACAAAACACAUACACACCUUUUCGCCAUGUUCAGGAGAGUCGCAGCAGCAGUUCCCGCCCAGGCCGGCCGUGUGCUCGCAACCGCCGCCAGACCCAGCAUCGCCUCGCCUCUCCGUACAGCAGUAUCCACAGUACCAGCAGCAGGCAGGCGGCAAUACCACGAGAAAGUGCUCGAUCACUACAGCCGUCCCCGCAAUGUCGGGUCCAUGUCGAAGACCGACACUGACGUCGGUACUGGUCUCGUCGGCGCACCCGCAUGCGGCGACGUCAUGAAGCUGCAGAUCCGUGUUGACCCAAACAACAACACCAUCAGCGACGUCAAGUUCAAGACAUUCGGUUGCGGCAGCGCAAUUGCCAGUUCAAGUUACUUGACCGAGCUGGUCCGCGGUAUGACUCUUGAGGACGCCGCGAGGAUCAAAAACACAGAGAUCGCAAAGGAGCUGUGCCUGCCACCUGUCAAGCUUCACUGCUCCAUGCUUGCCGAAGACGCCAUCAAAUCCGCUAUCUCGAACUACUACACCAAGAACCCCAAGGCCCGCGCCACAGAUCUCGGCGGCAAGUCGGCGCCGCUGCCCAAGGUCGAGGUUGAGACCGUUUCUGCUACCGCGUAAUUGACGGACGAGAUAUGAUCGAAAUUGACAUUGAUACCACAAGGUGGAUGGCGUUGGAUGUGGAGACGAACAGAGGGAGUUCGGGAAACGUUGAGCGACGUACAGAUCGAUGUACAAAACCUACCUUGCGUGUCAUUCGCAUCACGCCUUUCGCU